AUGCAGGCGGAUAAUCUCUCUGGUCAAACUACCGAUGAUUUACAUCGCAAACUAGAAGUGCAAAUAGCCAAGAAGAAGAAAUUAGAACAAGAGUUACUUUCAGUCGAGAAGAAGAUCUAUGCGUAUGAGACUUUGUUCUUAGAUGACUCACUGGGGAAGGCUUUCUUUCGGCGGCCAGACGGACCGGGCCAUCGUCGUGAGCGUAAAGUUGGUAUAAAUGAUUAUGACAGACCCUUUUCAAUGGAUCUUCCUAAGUAG